UGACAUCUGAGUUCUUUGGCUAUUAAGCCACAAUUGUUUCAGCUUCAGCGAGUAUUUGAGGAACAGUCCUGGGAUGAUGAUUGUAAAAGAGAGGAGGGAGAGAGAGGAAAAUUCCCUAUGUUUGCAGAUUUUUGUCACAUGGUUUCAGGGGAGGCGAGUGAUUUGCUUGUCAAAGUCCUAGUUUGAUUUGAAGUCAAUGUCCUGUUUACGGUGCAUUUAUACUUACAUGCAAUAUGGGAAAUCCAACUGCCUGACCCUUAGCUAUCAGAGAAAUUGCUUUGUCAUGGGAAGCCACUGCAAGCUCUAAGUGUGACAUCUAUGAAGUUCUUGGAAGAUGCUGUGUUUUAAACACUACCAGGUUUGAACUUAAGCAUAAAAUAAAACAGGCUCAGGCUGAAUUGCUCUGUCUAUGUGAGCCUUUUCUCCUUAAGAAACUUCAUAGACAAACCUAAGGUCUCGUUUCCUCAGAUUCUUCCUUCGCAUCCGUGCAAUGCCAAGGCCUGUACUCUGAAGACAGUGUACAUUUCAGAUUUAAACAAUUCUCAGUGGCCUCUGUUGGAGCUGUUCCAAAUUGUGCAUGGAUCAGAAUCAGGCUGUAUUCCUUUAUAAUAGUUAAAUGCCUUACAAAAUACUUAAAUCUGUUAAAAAUUAUCAGACAAAUUUGUGGCUACUUUAGGUAGACCUACUUAGAAAAGCAGAAACACAAAUUUAAGAGGCAGAUAAUGAGUCAAGUUUUUGCAUGUUAUCUGAGAGCUGCUAACUGUACACAUGUUCUCAGCCUGUCACAAAUACACAGUACUACAGUGAAACAGUCUAUCUCCUACUUGGUUUACCCACAUGAUAAUAAGUUAAAAUCAUACAGGGAAAUCUUUGCACCACGUUCACUAGCAAUUAUUUCUCCUUCACAGCUGAAAGUCAAGGUCCUAAGUAAUAAGGAUGAAUCUAAGAAAAUAUUUCAGAAUUCCAUAAUACAUUAUCUUUCCCUUAAUUUUACUUAUUUGAUUUAAACACCAUGAUCCAUCAUUUUCCUUCAGACAUCAGUUACCUUCCAUUUUAUAGCUGUCAUAUGACUGUGUUCCAAAACACUAGAUGCAAAUUAUGAUAUAUGAUGUUAAGAUGAUGAGAGUCAAAAGAAUACCAGUUUAAUACUUGUAGUGGCUUUAAAUUAUUUUUGUAUUUACCCACAUUUCUCGUGUUUUCUUGUUCAUAUUGAUUGGUGUCCAUAUUUCUUGCCAAACUGGCUGAUUUUGCUUUGAGAUUCCAUUUCGGAGCUAGUUUUGUCUUCCCUCAGACUGCCCCCUCCUCAUUCAUCAUCGCAUUUGCAGUGUCUUUAGUGCAGCCCAUCAAGGGUAGACAUUUUCAAAAAGCUUUUUUUAUUUUUAAGCUUUAGUGCCUAAUUAAAUAGGUGGUUGCUAAGAGAUUGUGGAAAACAUCAUUAAGAGGGUCUGAUUUGCUUUUUUCCUUACCUUCCAUGCAGAUCAGAAUUUAUGAGUAAAUGGGAUAGCAGCAUCCCAAAAUAUUCCUGAGCUGAGAUUGUGACAAUGGACAGAAUACAACGAGACUGUGCCAGUCCUGUGCCACCAGGAGAUGCAGAGAGGGGCAGGACUGGAGAACAAGACCCAGAACUAACUGUGUUGGGAAAAGCACAAGAGUUCUUUCAGAUUUGUGAUCUGGAAGGCAAAGGCUUCGUCACUCGUCAAGACAUGCAGAGACUGCAUCCUGAGUUACCUCUUAGCCUGGAAGAGCUUGAGAAAGUUUUUGUUACAUUGGAUGCUGAUGGCAAUGGCUCACUUACUCCAAAGGAGUUCAUCACAGGACUCAGCCAGUUUCUUUUGGAGCAGAUUGCUUUGAAAAAUGACAUGAUGCAGCAAUCAGGUGAAACAGCCUGCCCAGUUAUAUGCGAAGAGACCAUGGGUGAUGAUGAGGAUGAAGAAUUCCAGUUCUCCAAUCUGAUGGAUCGGCUUGGAGCUAAAAAGGUUUUGAAUGAUGAGAGUGAUGUGAAGCAACUUUGGUUGCAGCUAAGAAAAGAUGAACCUCAUUUACUUUCCAAUUUUGAAGAGCUCUUGGUCAGAAUUUUCUCCCAGCUCCAAGAAGCAGAUAAUGAGAAGAAUGAAUUGGAAUGCGCUCUAAAAAAGAAAAUUGCUGCUUAUGCUGAAGAAAUUCAACAUCUCUAUGAGGAAAUGGAACAGCAAAUCAAAAAGGAGAAAGAGCAGUUUCUGUUGAAAGACACAGAGAGGUUUCAGUCCUACAGUAAGGAGCUGGAGUGCAAGCUGCUGUCAAAGGAACAAGAACUGGAACAAUUGGUUCAAAAACAGAAAAGGCUAGAACAUCAAUGUACAGAACUCCUCAGCGGUAAAGAGGAAACCAAAGUAGAGAACACCAAGCUGAAGCUCACUAACCAGGAGCUGUUGAAAGAUCUGGAGAGAACAUCUCAUGAACUAAGCCUGGCUCAACAACAGUUGGAGGUGCUUCAGAAGGAGGCAUCAAGACUACAUGAGGAGAAGGAAAUGGAGGUGUACCGAGUGACAGAAACCUUACAGAGAGAGAAGUCAGGGCUUCUGAAGCAGCUGGAUCUUUUAAGAGAGAUGAACAAACAUCUCAGAGAUGAACGUGACAUAUUUUUACAGAAACGCAAAGCAAGUGUUCCAAAAGCCAGCUGGAAGCAAAGAUCAGGGUCUGUCAUUGGGAAAUACAUAGAGGGGAAGAUGCUGCCUAACAGCCAUUUAUUUGAAGAAGAUGAUAUUUUCAGUAACUCAAAGAGAAGGGAUUCUGCUGGACUGAAUGGAGUUCUCUCUGAAGAGCCUGAUGCUGGAAUCACUGGAGGAAUGUCUAAAACAUCACGUCUCCAAAGAAUAAUAUCAAUUGAAGAAGAUCACCUACCCCAGCUUCUUGACAGGCUGGUUGAUAAGCAGCUGAACAGAUGGACUGGGGAAGAUGACAGUACUUCUGAGAUGGAAAUGCAUAAGAAAAACACAGAACAGUCAAUGGAACACUCGCCUUCAUCUUCUAGAGAGCAGCCUGUAGGGAAGGAAAUGCUGUCAAAUGAGGAGAGAAUAAACUCUGUCCCAGAGCACUUAUUCAAGAUUAUUUUUGUGGGCAAUUCGAGUGUGGGAAAGACUUCAUUCUUAAGAAGAUUUUGUGAAGAUCGUUUUUUCCCAGGCACAGCUGCUACUGUAGGUGUGGAUUACAACGUGAAAACUGUCACAGUAGAUAAUACCCAAGUAGCGCUGCAGCUCUGGGACACUGCUGGCCAGGAACGGUACCGAAGUAUUACCAAGCAGUUUUUCAGAAAAGCUGAUGGUGUCAUUGUGAUGUAUGAUAUAACAGCAAAAGACACAUUCACAGCUGUCAGGCAGUGGCUGAUAAGCAUUGAGGAGGCAACUGGGGAGGAUGUGCCUGUCCUUUUGUUGGGUAAUAAAACUGAUAAUGAAAAGGAACGUGAGGUCCCUAUGGGAAUGGGAGAGCAUCUUGCUAAGGAUUACAAUUUAAUUUUCUAUGAAUGCAGUGCAUGUUCUGGGUACAACGUGGAAAAGUCUGUGCUUCACUUAGCUAGGUUUUUAAAAGAACAUGAAGAUAAAGUGAAAGAGAAAACCAUUGAACUUCAAUCUGAUAUGAAUAAAAAGUCUUGCUGUAUCAGGCAAUAAAAUGCUGGGGCGUGUCAUACGUUUAUACGACACUACAUAGCACUGUCAGAUUUGCUUUUAUCUUCCAAAUAUUCUGCUGUGUUCUGAGUGUAGGUGUAAGUGAAACUUAAAAUCUUUGUGUGCUCUGAUCUCCGCUUUUAUAAAUAUUACCUUCAGUUAAUUGACAAUGUAUUUGGGGCAGUAACAGUCUUUUAAUUCUGUUUGAUGCCUAACACCACUGAAUCCUGCUUUAUUAUCAGGCUUGUAGAAGAUACCACUUUAUUAAUAAUAAGAAAUAACUUUAUAGGAAGAAAACUACUCGGAAUGUGAAGUAAAUUCUUACUGAUGUUAAUGACCUGUCUUCUGAAUACUGCUUAUUUCAGAGCUCUUUAGAUCCUGAUUUCGUGCUAACCUUUGUUACAGUUUUUUAAAAAUUGAUAUAGGUAUAGUUGUUGGUAGUACUAAGUAUGUUAGGCUGACUGAACAGGUCCUUAUCUCCAAAAGUCUGUCAUAGAAAAUUUCGUGCCAGAUGUUGGAGGUAGAAUUUUCAGAAACGGCAGAUCUUACUUUGAGGAAGAUUUUGAGAAACUUACCAGCAUUUAAGGAGUGAAAAAUCUUACCAAAAUCCAGUGAGAUAUUGCUCUCUUUAGCAAUGUUAAGAAAAAAUUCCUCAUGUACUUAAACAUGUGACUGAUUUUUCAAAAGCAUCUGCCGCACAACGUUCCCCCAGGGCCUGAGUGCACUGAGAUACAGUGUUUGAAAAAUCAAACCCACAGGGAUAUGUUUUAGAAAAUCAGAUCAUAAGAAACGCAAAUGUCAUAAUUAAUUUUGAAAACCUUUGUCGAAUAUAUACAAAAAAAAGAAACUUAAGAAUGGGUCACCCUUCCAGCACAUGGUCAACAAUUAUUCCUGUUGGUAUAUGUCUUCACUGCAUCAAGCUACUGUGGUAAGCAUUCAAGAACAAUUAUCCAUGAUGGUGAGGUUGUUUGGAAACUAGAACGCAUGACAUAAUUUAUUAUGCAUUAAAAUAUCAAGCAAAACUGUAGAUUUCAUUA